UAAAAUGGAGGACGACGAUAAAUCAGAGUUGGACCCUGAACUAGAAGCCAUAUACGCAGAUAUGGAAAUGAUGAAGGAGCGAUUUGCCAAGUUGUUGUUAGGUGAAGAUAUGUCCGGUGGAGGAAAAGGUGUAUCGUCUGCUUUGGCAUUGUCGAAUGCAAUCACAAAUCUUGCAGCUUCUGUGUUCGGAGAAAUAUCGCGAUUGGAACCUAUGCCACCGGAUAGUAAAGCAAGGUGGCGAAAAGAAAUCGAUUGGAUGUUAUCUGUUACUGAUCACAUUGUUGAGUUUGUGCCCUCAAAGCAAAAUACUAAUGGAGUAACAAUGGAGAUAAUGGUAACAAGGCAACGAAGCGAUGUUCAUGUGAAUAUACCUGCCCUGAGGAAGCUUGAUGGUAUGCUCAUGGAUUGUUUAGAAAAUUUUAAGGACCAGAAUGAAUUCACGUACUUGUCUAAAGAUGAUGCUGAAGGUAACAAAUCAAAGAAGAAAAGGGAAGAGGAUAAAUGGUGGUUACCGACUCCAAAAGUUCCUCCGAAUGGUUUAUCUGAUAUUACAAGAAAAUGGUUGCUGUUCCAGAAAGACUCGGUGAACCAAGUACUAAAAGCAGCAAUGGCUAUGAACGCUCACAUCCUUACAGAAAUGGAAAUCCCGGAAAGUUACAUUGAAGGCCUCCCUAAGAAUGGGCGGGCAAGCCUAGGAGACGCGAUAUAUAAAAAUAUUACAGUUGAUCAUUUUGAUCCAGAUUAUUUUCUUUCGGCUAUGGACUUGUCUUCAGAGCAUAAAAUUCUUGAUCUCAAGAAUAGAAUUGAGGCUUCUAUCGUGAUAUGGAGGAGGAAGAUGACAAAUAAGGAUGGAAAAUCUGGAUGGGGUUCAGGUGUGAGUAUAGAGAAGAGAGAACAGUUUGAAGAUAGAGCAGAGACGAUAUUACUUAUAUUGAAACAUCGUUACCCUGGUACUUCUCAAUCUGCACUAGACAUCAGCAAAAUCCAAUACAAUCGAGAUAUAGGACAUGCCAUUCUUGAGAGCUAUUCAAGAAUACUAGAAAGUUUGGCGCAUAAAGUAAUGUCACGAAUUGAAGAUGUAAUGCAUGCAGAUAAUCUUGUCCAAUGUCCAUCGGGAGAUCUGAAAAGAAACUCUCUUAAAGAUUCAGCAUCAAGGGCAUCCGGGAAAUUCCCCAACGCAAAAGAAGAGAUGGAAAAGAUAAAUUUUUCUGAUGCUCCAACUUCAAUGACAUUAUCCGAUUUCAUAGGUUGGACUUCAGAACAUGAAAAAGAAUCAAAAGAAGAAUUGUCAAAUGGAAAUGAACCCGGACCAUUAUCAAAACAACCCUCAGCUACAAACAGCAAGAAACUUUCAUAUCUAGAAAAGCUCGAAGCGUUAGGGGGGAGAAGUCCAUCGGCACGCCAGUAAUGGAAAUUCAAGUUAGUAUAGAAUGAAGUUUCAUGUGUAAAUAU